UUUCCGGCUGCCGGCGAGGCCGCCGCAGAGUAGGAGCUGGAGGGGGAGGGGGGAGGAGAGCGGCGCGCGCCGGAGACGGAGCUGCCCGGGCGGGCCCACAACAACGGCCGCCGCCGGCCGCCGCCAGCCCCUGGCCUAGGCCCCUCCCGCCGGGAGAGCGCGAGCCGCGGGGGGAGGGGCUGCGCUGCGCAGGAUCAUGGAUUUCCCAGGACACUUUGAACAGAUCUUUCAGCAGCUAAACUACCAGCGUCUUCAUGGCCAACUUUGUGACUGUGUCAUUGUGGUGGGGAACAGGCAUUUCAAAGCCCAUCGCUCAGUUUUGGCAGCAUGCAGCACUCAUUUCCGAGCUCUCUUUACUGUAGCAGAAGGAGAUCAGACCAUGAACAUGAUCCAGCUGGACAGUGAGGUGGUGACAGCAGAGGCUUUUGCUGCUCUGAUUGACAUGAUGUAUACUUCCACACUCAUGCUUGGGGAGAGCAAUGUUAUGGAUGUCUUGCUAGCAGCCUCCCAUUUGCAUUUGAACUCUGUUGUGAAAGCCUGUAAACACUAUCUUACUACAAGGACACUACCAAUGUCUCCGCCUAGUGAGAGAGUUCAAGAGCAGAAUGCUCGCAUGCAACGCUCCUUUAUGCUCCAACAACUUGGGCUGAGUAUAGUGAGCUCUGCAUUGAAUUCUACCCAGAACACAGAAGAACAGCAAAAUACUAUGAGCUCAUCAAUCAGAAGUAACAUAGAGCAGCGCACUACUUUUCCGAUGCGGCGUCUCCACAAGCGGAAACAGUCUUCUGAAGACCGAGCCAGACAACGAAUCAGGCCUACCUUAGAUGAAUCCAUUUCAGAUGUAACUCCAGAGAGUGCGCAGUCAGUAGUUCAUUCGCGAGAAGAAUUCUUUUCACCAGAUUCGCUAAAGAUUGUGGACAAUUCUAAAGCUGAUGCUGUUACUGAUAACCAAGAAGAUAAUGCAAUCAUCUUUGAUCAGUCUUUCAGUGCCCAAGAAGAUGCUCAAGUGCCCAGUCAAUCUGACAACAGUGGAGGGAACAUUUCACAAACAUCCAUGGCAUCUCAGGCAACACAAGUAGAAACCAGCUUUGACCAAGAGGCUACUUCUGAGAAGAAUAGCUUUCAGUGUGAAAAUCCAGAUGUUAGUCUAAAUGAGAAAGAACACAUGAGGGUAGUAGUGAAAUCUGAGCCCUUGAGUUCUCCAGAGCCUCAAGAUGAAGUGAGUGAUGUCACUUCUCAAGCAGAAGGCAGUGAGUCUGUUGAAGUGGAAGGAGGAGUGGUGACUGCAGAAAAGAUAGAACUGAGUCCUGAAAGUAGUGACCGUAGCUUUUCUGAUCCCCAGUCUAGUACUGAUAGGGUGGGAGACAUCCAUAUUAUGGAGGUGUCAAAUAAUCUGGAACACAAGUCCACUUUCAGCAUCUCAAAUUUUCUGAAUAAGAGCAGAGGGGGCAAUUUUGUUGCUAAUCAGAACAAUGAUGAUAACAUUCCAAAUACCACUAGUGACUGCAGAAUGGAGGGAGAUGCCUCUUAUUUAAUGAGCCCAGAGUCUGGGCCCAGUAAUGGUCAUUCCUCUGCUACUGUCUCUCAUAUAGAGAAUCCAUUCAGUGAACCUGCAGAUUCCCAUUUUGUUAGGCCUAUGCAAGAUGUAAUGGGUCUUCCAUGCGUACAGACUUCUGGUUACCGAGCUGCUGAACAGUUUGGGAUGGAUUUCCCAAGGUCUGGUUUGGGGCUACACUCUUUAUCAAGGGCAGUGAUAGGCUCUGCCAGAGGUGGAGCUAGUAGUUUUCCUGGCUAUCGUCGCAUAGCCCCCAAAAUGCCUAUUGUGACCUCUGUCAGGAGUUCCCAGAUGCAAGAUAGUGCAUCAAAUUCCCAGUUGAUAAUGAAUGGGACCACUUCCUCUUUUGAAAAUGGGCAUCCUUCACAGCCUGGUCCACCCCAGUUGACCCGGGCAUCUGCUGACGUUCUUUCAAAAUGCAAGAAGGCCUUAUCUGAGCACAAUGUCUUGGUUGUGGAAGGUGCUCGCAAAUAUGCUUGUAAAAUCUGCUGCAAGACUUUCUUGACCUUAACAGACUGCAAGAAGCACAUCCGUGUGCACACGGGGGAGAAGCCUUAUGCCUGUUUAAAAUGUGGCAAGCGGUUUAGCCAGUCCAGCCACUUGUACAAACAUUCCAAAACCACAUGUCUGCGGUGGCAGAGCAGCAACCUACCCAGCACUUUGCUUUAGCCCUUCCCCAUCACCCCUCCAAACGCACCAGGGUGGACUGUAGGAACCAGAACCGAAACGCUUCUGGCAUACUAACGUUAUUUUGUUCUAGGCUUCAGGUUAGGAAGCUGUUCUUGAAGACUAGUGAAUACUUAAGUGUGAUUGUGCCACACACACAAAAGUCUUGGCUCUGUAAAAUGGGGGUAAUACCUUAACCUACCUCACAGGGGUGUUGUGAGGCUUAAAUAAGAGUUUGUGAAGCGCUUUGAGAUCCUCAGAAGGAGUGACUGUAACAAUAUUCAGCAUUAUUAUUAUGUAAAUGCAGGCCUUGGGCUUACAGGGAUACAAUCCCUAAAAUUGAGUAGUUCCUUUGUUGGGGGCGGGAGUGGGGAAGAAGGGGUGUGAGCUUGAACAUAGUUAGCUCCUGAGGAUGUUAAAGUAGCACGUUUUGAGAAUGAGAAACUGAAGUGCAAAUUUUUUUAGGAUUUUUUUUUUUAAUUGUAACAGCAUUUAAUUAAAUUACCUAGAAAAGAAAUUGAUAUCAUGCAUAUGAACCGUAAUGCAAAAAGCUCUUUAGUGCAGAUUAUGUAUCUUCAGAAGAAAAAAUGACUUUGGAUGCACCCAUCUGCCAUAAAAUGCUUUAAAGUAUGUUAAUUAUGAAAAUAGUUUUAGGGGUUCUGAAUGUAUUUUUGGCUGUUUUGCAGUAACGGACACUGUGUAAUGAAGGUGCUUACACUGAGUCCAAGAUGAGUAACUUUUGGACUGUUAGAUGUAUAUAUACUUUGAAUACAGCAAAAUCUUCUAGGUGUUUCACCAAGUUUUUUCUGUAAAAACUUGUAUUGCGUGAUAAGUGAAGUACUGUUUCUGUAUGUGCUACUCUUAGCGGUAUUUUAACCAACUUGUAUUUCAUAUGUUAAGAUUCCAUAUACAUAGAAGUCUGAAAAGAGUUUGUCUUUGUCUGCUCUGUUAUUUUAAAUGGGAGAUAUGAUUUUGUGGUGGCUUCUUUUACUGUGUACCCUUUCCAGAUUCUGACAGUCAUUCUGAUCCAAAUUCAUUGUAUAAGCAGACUAUCCUUUUCUGAUGCACUUAUCUUCAGGCUUUAAUUUCCCUCUCCAUAUACUUAGUGUUCUUCCAACCAUGAAGCUUUCCUGAGAUCACAGUAGUCAGGAAUGAGCUCAUCUUGCCAUAUUCUUAUGCAUCUCUGUGUAAAAUGUAGCAAGCAAUUUUAAUUCUCCAGUUUAGAGGAAUAUCAUAAAUAUACUUUACCGAGUAAGUAACACUCCAGGCCAAAUCUAACUGAAAAAACAGUAUUGUAAACUUUGUAAAACGGAGUUCAGUAAUCUUUAUUCUUCAAGUGAGUCGCAUAGAUCUUGUUUUAAUUUCCUCCUUUUUGAUACCACGGUAACUAAUACUGUUUGAAGACCUUUAAGAUGUACAUGAACUUAACUACUUGGUUUCAACAUUGGUUUAAAAAAAAACUUUUUAAAAACCUUUUUGGAACACUUCUACUGAUGGAUCAGUGUUUCAGCAUCUCUGUCAAACUCAGAAGAAAAUGGAUCAUUAGCAUCUUUAGCUAACUCACAGAAACUUGGGGUUUUUUAAUAUAAAAAAUCAUUUUGCAGACGUUCGAACCUUCCACUUUGUGUGGUGUUAGUAGUAUCUGAUUUAUUUUCUUCUGCUAUUUAACAGGGGUGUUGGCCUUAAAUUUAGGUGACCUGAAAAUAAAAUCCUUAUUCCACAGUUCAGCCUUGAUGAGUGAUCAAGAUAGCAGGAGUGUGGGAACUUAGACUGUGAUUGUCAGACAAAAAGAAACAUGGAAUCCUACUUGUGGUCUAUGUGAAACAGUAGUCGGUUAAUAAGGAAAUGCAGCUUACUUUCUUCUCCCACUAAAGCUUGUAAUGAAGAGAAAAUCCUGCCUCUUUUUCUCUUAACACUUGCUUUCCUACUUGAGCAUCCAAAGUUAAUGGGAGAAUGGACCUAUGGCAAAUAACACAAAAUAAUUUUUAAAAAAUGUGGAAGCUCAAUGAGAGUUAUUUUGAUGGUCAUAUUUCUGACUGUUGGCUUUCAAGGCCCUAAAGAAAUAGGUCAUAUAUAAAUAACAGUAGAAAAUACUGUGUUUGAUUUGGAAAUCAUAUUGAUUUUAAGCAACUAACAAGGUUGAAUAUUAUUAAGCAUUCUUACUAGAACACCAAUAUAGUUCUGCGCACCCUCCCCUAAGUCACCAUCUGGGGCUGCUGCCUCUGUUGCCCCACCGUAGUUAUGCUACUGAUGGUGAGUUGCCUUAUUAGUAAAGUUUUGCCUAUUUUUUUUUUUUUUUUUUCAUCUUCCUUUCCUGUUCAGGAUUCUGUUCAAAAGCUAAAUUCUUUUUCUAUUCUUAGCUGUUUCUUGUAUCAAGUAUGUGCAUCUGAAACUACCAUUCAGAGGAAGAAAAGUUGAGAUGGGGCAGGAAGAUGGAAUUGCAAUUAAAAUUAAGAAGAAUAUGAUUGUGGAAAUAUUUAACUGUACUUUGGCAUGAGCUUUUAAAAUAAAAACUUCAUGGCUUUGGAAAAGGCCAGAGAGUAAUGGAGGAAUAUUCCCUAAACCAAAUAAAAUAUAAUAAACUUAAAGUUUGGUUAUCUUUUGGAUGCAGUAAACUUUAUUUUCAUAAUUCAUUAAAUUCUGGUAUUUAUAGGGGAACACACUACUCAUUCAGUAAGUCUCAUCGGAUUGCUGUUGCUUUCUUGGCCUUUUAUGAAGUAAUAUCAAUGAUAUUACUACCUAGUUGACCAACGUCAUGCAAUGACUAACAUGUAAUUUCCAAGCCUGAUAAUUAUCAUAAAAAUGUCUCAUCCCACUUCUGUUCAAGACUUACUAGCUGAGCCUGAUGGUUAGAUCUCAUGUGAAGAUGUCAAUAUGUUUAGUGUUAUGAAAAAAGUCUGAAAAAUAAAUACUACAUUUUUGUG